UAAAGGGCUUCCAAUUCACAGCGUGUUUAUGCGCUAUCCUUCUAGGGACGACCACACAUGUUUUCCAUUCUGGAUUAAGAUGCUGGUUCUGUUCAGACAAUUUGUCGUGACGUUAGCACAGUAGAGUUCAAAGAACUACUUUGCCUAGCUACGAUGCUGCAAAUGAAAAAUCGCAUUAAAUACUGCUCUCUGGCAAUUGCGGCGGCCAGACUGUUUUCCAGACCGGUACGGAACCCAAUUGUUUACUUUGACAUUGCAGCGGACCACGAACCUCUUGGGAGGAUCACGAUUGAGUUGAAUGCCGAUGUUGUUCCCAAAACAGCAGAGAACUUCCGAGCUCUAUGCACUGGAGAACAUGGUUUUGGGUACAAAGGCUCAAUAUUCCACCGAGUGAUCCCCCAGUUUAUGUGCCAGGGAGGAGAUUUUACCAAUCAUAAUGGAACUGGAGGAAAGUCUAUCUAUGGAUCGAAGUUCCAAGAUGAAAACUUCAAGCUAAAGCACUCUGGGCCUGGAAUUUUGUCAAUGGCAAAUUCUGGGCCCAAUACCAAUGGAUCACAGUUCUUCAUCUGCACGGCUAAAACUGAAUGGCUGAACGACAGGCAUGUGGUGUUUGGUCACGUGACAGAUGGGAUGGACGUCGUCAGGAAGAUGGAGUCAUCUGGCACUCACGAUGGCGGGACGCUCAAGAAGCUCGUCAUCACGGAGUGUGGGGAGCUCAAAUAGCAACCCUGUUAAACCUACUGCGAAAAUCCAUAGAUCCACAGAUAAGAUCCAUAGAUCCUUUAAGGCGUGAAAUCACGUGUGAUUGGAAUGCUCGUGACUGAGCAUUCUAAUGCUGGUGUGGCAAUCACUUCUGCAAGCUGCCGAGUUCUAGAACACGGACUUAGAAUGUUGCAGAAACAUUCCAAAAAACCUACUCUUCAAAGGGUUAAAUUAGUGAGGAGACUUCCUGCCUCGUCUUGACCCUCAAUUUAUUUUGAAUCACAAAAUCCUCUUCUUUUUUUUGUGCGACAAGAUAUAAAAAUCCAAUUUGGGUGAGUGGUGAGAUGGGUUCAUGUGUAUUCAAAAGGCGCAAAAAAGGGUUUCUAAGACAGAAUGUUACCUGAGGAAUGCAAUGGCAUGAUCUUAUCAAACAUUUUUUACCAUAAUAUCCUACAAAAUAUUUAUAACCAAUAUUUAUUUAAUCCUUAGUUUCAUUUUCAGAUGAUUUGUUUAAAGAAAAAUGACAAACUUCAUUGUAAAUUGUGAAAUUCUAAUUGUAAAAUGCUCAUAAUUUGCCUCUAACAACUCCUGCCCUUUUAACAUAUUUUGAUGUACUGUACAGUAUUUGACCCAGAAAUGUAUAGAGGUGUCUGUUUUUCAUUUUUUAGAAGAUUUAUAAACAAAUGUACAGGGGGGGUCUUCUGUGAUUAGCUGGUCCUUUUUUAUACGCUCAGGAACUGAACCUUUAAAGAAUUAAAAAUGCAUCAAAGAAAUAAAUAAAUAACAAAAAUUCUCA